AUGCUUGUCGCACACAAAGACAAGCUUAUCAAGCCCGAAACAGCACCGUUUGGAGGACACAGUCUCCGUCGAAACUGGAGCAACGACAAUUCCAGUCAUAGGCACACUGUCACGCCCAAUGAACAACAAGCCCGUGGACGACAUUUCCACACUGAAAUCGACAGCCAACAACAAGACAGUGACGGCGCUGCUACUUCUCCUACGACACAUGGCCUCGCCACAGCCAAGAAUAACAAUUCCUUCGGUCGGUUGUAUCUAUGCUCCUACAACGGCAUUUUUUCCUGCCAUUGCCUAUGA